UUGUGUAGCCCUGGUUACCGCGCAAACUGAGUUCUUUGUUUUGAUUAUAAAUGAAAACAAAACCCAAGAGCCGCAAUGAACUAUUUUCCAAACUACUACUCGAUCGAGGAUAUAUUCGUGACCCAGGAGAAGGUCGAAUGCAAGGUCAACACGAAGCUGCAGCGCAUGGGCUUUUUGGAUUCGGGUGCCGAGGGUGACGACCUGGAGCCGGGGCGCACCGUCAAUCUGCCGCUGUGGUAUAUCAAGGAGCUGAAGGUGAACAAUGCCUACUUCACCGUCUCCGUGCCCGAUAUCUACAAGAAUGUGCACAAGGCCGUCUGCGAGGCGGAGACGACGCACAUCGAACUGGGGCGACUGCAUCCGUACUUUUACGAGUUUGGCCGCUAUCUGACGCCCUACGAUCGCAACCAUGUCAUCGGGCGCAUCAUCUUUGAGACGAUGCGGCAGCGUGUGCGCCACUUGCUGGACAUAUCCAAAAACGAUGGACACAUGGCCAAGUCCGAGCUGCGUUUGGACAACAUCGAGGCGAAGCUGCACGAGGCGGGUGUGCGCACCAAUACGCAGUACAUUAACUGGCUGCAGCUGACGGGCAAUAAGAUUCUCAUCUCCGAGCUGGUGGAGGAGCAUCAGAAGAAGCGAAAACGUGAACUCAGCGAUGAUGAGAGCAGUCUGCCUAGCAGUAAACGUGCCACAUUGUGAUUGCCGUAAUAAUUAGUCAUUUGUUGAAACCUUUUUGCAAUUGUAUUAUCUUUUAUCAUAUUUUCAAAACGAUAUAGAUAUCGAUAAAUGUUGAAAA